AUGAAGGGCGACAGCAGGGAACGCCUGGCUCCUCCUUCAGCUGGGGAGCAAUUAUUGCCUGUGCAGGUGGUGGCAGGAAGGACUGCUGCACAGCAGCUCCCGCAAGCGACGUUGGAGCCCGCUAGGUGCGCCGAUAUGAGAAACUGCUCCAGGAGUCCAGACAGCAAAGAUCCUUCGUACCCGCCUUCUGUAGCGCAACAGCUAAAGGCGUUGCUGCUGCCACCCCUAUUUGGAGGACCCCGUUGCUGCAGCAGCUCUUCGUCUUCUGACUCGCCAGCAGUCUCGCCAGCGCUUGACGGAGGCUUUGUUCCUGCAGAUCCGCAAGGCAGCCCGACGCUUCUGACGUCUAGCGUAUCCUCUGCAGCAGCUGCUGCUGCUGCUGCAGUUGUUGCUGCCCAGUCCCUUGCCGGGAGGUUUCCCUCCGGGGGAACCGACACGCUUCCCGGUGCUCCACUCGAGAACUCUUUCCACGGAUGCCAGCGCGCAGACAACGCUUCAGUCUUAGCAGCAACACGCAGAGCGGAGGGCGAGGACCCCCUUCCUGAGGCUGCAGUGCCUCUGAGUGGCUUGUCUCUUGAGCGGCUCAUUCUCCCGAUCCCAUCGAAUUUCGGCUCGCUUCUCGUCAGUCCUUCGCAUGCUCACAAACCUCCAGGGGACCCCUCGACGAGAAGCAGUCCGGCUUUCGAGGAGGAGCAACACCCCCUGAUGCAGCAGCAGCGGAUCGGGGGACUGGAAGAAGAGGCUUCCGAAGCUCCUUGGCAGUUCGCCUCGCUGACGGCUUCCAUAGACUCUGCAGCAGCCACUACUGCCAACGCGGCAGGCGCAGUUGAUUCCUCAGAAGAGGCCCUCGAAUACGAAGAGGAGCUGCAAGAAGCGCCUCACUGCGGGCAGCAAAUGCAAGAGAAAUUGUUGCAACAUGGGGUUGUCUGCGGCAGCGUCAACAACAAGGGCCUCGUCAAGAAGGCGACUGCAGCUGCAGCACCGCGGAGUCUUCCGCGUGGACGAGGCAAAGCUGCAGGCGUUCCUAAGCACCCAGGGGGCCCCUCCAGGCAUAGAGGAGGCCCCUUCUGCAGCCUGUGCUGCUCAGGGGACAAAUUUAUCUUCCUGUACGCUGCCGCAGCAGCAGACCGUGCCGUGUCGACGGGCGUCACUAUUGUGACAGAGGACGCCGAAGCGCAAGACGCAGCAGCAGCGGAAGAGGCGCAAACGCCAGACGCGUGUGCCUCCGAGCGCACUGCAGUCACAGAAGCAGAAGCUCGUCAGGAGGAGGAGCGCAACAACGAGGGCAACACGCUGCCUCAGACACCACAAGAACUUAGAGGCUCCCCUCAAAAGCCGCAGCAAGAGCAGCAGCUGGAGCAGGAAGAGCAGCAGGAGGAGGAGCAGCAGAAGCGGCCUCAGCCUGACGAGGAGGAGGAGCAGCAGCAGCUACCAAGUGCAAUCAAACAAUGGACUUGUGAGAGUAGGGUAGGGGUUCCUGAAGGAGGUGUUGCGCCGUCUGAUUCUUUGCAGCUGCUUGCUUGCGGCUUUCGCGCGCUGUCGCAUUCUGGCACGAAAAUGCCGGCAGCUGUUUGUCUCGCUGCACUGAGGCACCUUUGUACGCAAGUGUUUUUGGGCGCCACAACAAUGGAAGGAGUCGCAGGCCUAAGGGACCUCAUUGGAAGUCUCGCCUCCGAUGACUCCCCCGUCAGGCAGAAGAAGGAGCAGCAGCUGGGGAGGAGCCAGACUGACAGGAGCUCUGCCCCUGCCCCUGCCUCUUCCUCUGCGCGGAAGGAAGCGUCGCUCGCGGGAGCACCUCAAGCAGCAGAUGAAGAGGCGGAGUUUUUGCUGCGCGAGACUCCCUUGGAGUCCAAUUCUUUGUAUUUGCUGGCGGAGAAGGCCCCCAAGGUGUGCGGCGUCUCUCUAGACACGCAGAGGCUUUCGUUUCUGUCCUACUUUCAAUGCCAACGGGCUGAGAGGAGAGUUCGCAGAGGCCUCUCCCCCUCAGGAAGAGGAAGGGGGCGCUGCAGCAAGCGCUUCUCGUUUUCGUCUCCCGCUGGAUUCUGCAGAGCCUUUUGGCGCGCCGUUCUCUGGCGACGCGCACACGAGCUGCAGCGCUGUCUCGACAUUCGAGUUGCAACUACGCACGCCGCGGCGAAUGCAGCUGCCGCCUCUGCUUCGGCGGAAGGCGUCGUCGGAGCUUUCGCAGUGCCGCACGGACUGCGAAAGCUCCAGCAAACCGUUCGCGAGGCGUCGAGCAAGCCGGUCCCCCACGGCAGGGAACAGGAGGCCCCUACGGUGAGACGGGAUUAUGAGGAGAGGGAAGCCACUGCAAGCGCCUUCUUGCUCCAGCAGCAACGCCAGUCGGAGCAACUGCGCCAGCAGCAGCAAGAGGCCACACCAGCCGAGUCUGACAUGCGAGGCUGCGCCAACACCGCUGCCAGCACGAGAAGUUUUGCGACGAAUGCCGCCCCCCCCAAAGGAGCGCCUCCUAAGAAGUACGCGACCGCAGAGACGGCAGGAAUGCUCUCAACGCUUGCCGUGGCUAUCGCCAGCAGCUGGGGAGGCAAGUCAGGGCAGCAAAAGCCAAGGGAGCCCGAAGGAAGUGGAAAGACACACACAACAGGUGCAGUUCCGCGAGGCGGAGAUCCUAGUCUCCACUCCGUCCUGCACGAAAAGUACUCCCCACGGCGUCUAUCCUCCAGUCCCAGGCGGAGCUGCCCCGCAAUGCCUGCAAGCGCCGAAGUGGCAGCAGCAAAUGCACGCUCUGCCACGGCCGUUUCCAGCAUCGAAAGCUUGCUGCUUCACACUCCUGCCGCUCUCUUGCCGUCGUCCAUGUCUGCCUCAACACGGCCCUCCUCUGCCUCCAAGUUUCCUCGCUCUCCCGAUCUGCAUGGCAACGGCUCGCGGAGUAUUGAGAGCUGCGCAUUUUUCAGAGGAGAAUGCGUGCAGCCUCCUGCUGCAGGCGGUGCGGCGGAUGUCGCCCACCGUGUCUUGCCUCCCUUGCCCGUUGUUGCGGCUGCCGGAGAUGCAAAGUGUGGAGGGCCUACACAGAGCGCUGGCUCUGCGCUCCCCAGCUCCACGGAGAGCAUCUUGGAAGCCGUCCUGCGUCUCCCCAAGGUGCACGGCGUUUGCUUCGACAAGCAAAACUGCUCGUUCAUGGCUCAGCUUCAGCACAAGGGCCGCAGACAGUGCAGACAUUUCAAGGUGAAGAAGCACGGCAGCGUUCAGAAGGCAUACAGCGAGGCCAUCGCAAGCAGAAGGCAAAUGGAAAGGGAUGUGCAUUCUGCCUGCAAAGGGGCGCCCGUCGACGUCCACGCUGGAGCCGUCGGGCGACAUUUGCAGCUCAACGAAGCAACUGGCAAGGAGGCCUCCCCGCUCGACGCGCACGACGCACUGCAGGGAAAGAGGAGAGGCGGGCAGAAACAGCGGACGAGGAGCGAACCUUAUGCACUGGAGCACAAUGGGGAGCUUGGGGGGAUGCACAGAGGAGGACGAGGCACUCAGCGGGAUAUAUCGGGACCUCAGAGCCACACAGCGACUGUUGCAGCGGCGACUGCAGCGGCUGUCGUUGCUGCGGCUGCAGCCGAAAGAGGGCGCGCUGCGGCUGCGCUUGCAGCAGCUGCAGCGACGAAUGGAAAGAGCGCCUUCGGAAGCUCUCACUCCGCAGCGAAGAGGCUGCACAGCGACGGGAGGGUGCCUCCUCCUCUUCCUCCUCCUGCUGCGGCUGCUGCUCUUACUGCUACUGCUGCCGCUGAGGCGCUUGCAGGAGUCGGAGACGGCGAGCAGCUGCCGCAUCUUCAGCGGAUGCAACAGCUAGGAGCUUUGCUGCUGCGAGGGCCUCUUGGCAGAGCUCUGGGGGGGGUGUCAGAGUUGUCUCAACGCCUCUCGAUGGCUCCUGCAAACCCUCUCUCCAGCAGCAGCAACAGCUGUGCUCCAGUCUCAGCGAGCGAGAGCGAGGCCAAGGAGGACUCCCAUGCGCGGCUUCAAAGAAGGGCGGAAGCGGCGCUGCUGUCGCUUCAUUCUUCUUCUGCAGAAGCAGGCGAGGGCCGCUACGAGGAUUUGAUCGCGGCAGCUGCUGCUGCUGGUGCUGCUUGUGGAGGGUCUUCAUCGCGCUCGCCGCUUUCAGAGGCAGCAAGAGGAAAUCGAUUUCUGACGGGCGCUAAGGCUGCGUCUUGCGUCUCACUGGAGAGCCGCGAGCACAUGGAUGCCCUCCUGCACGCCGUGUCUGCUGCUGACACAGCUGCCAACGCGAAGGGGAGUGCACUAGGCUCCUCAGGAAAGGGAGUGACGGCUCCUGCAGCGCUCCCGUUGAGGGCUGCAAGCCAUGCGGCAGAAGGCCUCCAUCCGCCGUCUCGCGUGCAGCUCGACCAGGGGAGGCGGGCUGAAAUCAAAGAAGGGAUCCUGGAAGCAAAGAGGCGUCGCCCCGCUGCUGCUGCAGCUGGCCCAGCCUCGCUGCGAUGCGCGUUAGACGCGCAACAGCAUGGACGCAUGCAGCAGCCGUUGCAGCAACAGCAGCAGACGGGCGUGCCAUCCCUCCUGGAGCUCGCCUCUCUACUAGCCAGCGGAUCUGAGCAGCAGAAACAGCUGCUUCUCCUAUUGGCAGAGACCGUCGCAGCAGCGACCAGGAGCCUAAGGCCCAGCGGCAGCGCCAACGGCGGCUCCGCGCAGAAAGAGUCUCGUGCACUAUCUGACGGAGCGUCUUUCGCAAGGCUAGAGAAGCCGACUGCUGGUGAGCUGAGCAGCCGACCUGAGCAGCCACUUGCUGCUCCGAUAGGCGUGCCUUCAAUGCCCACUCCAAAGGGGGCAGUGGCAGCGGCAGAAGACGCGGUGGCUAGCCAGCUAGCCGCGGCCAGGGGUCCCUCGCUCGUACGAUCCACGGCAGCUGCCUCCCCCCAGCCGAAGGCGCAAGCAGAUCCUCCCCUAUGGGGCCCCUUGCUGCAGCUUCUGCAGCAACAACAGCAGCAACAGAAGCAGUGGCAGCAACAGAAGCGGCAGCAACAGCAGCAC